UCACCUGGAUCAAUACAAUAACCUAAAAUUUAUAACACUCCAGAAAACCAGCGGAAAAUUAUAACAGUUAUCAUGUUUGCUGAUUUAGAAGUCGUUUCAGGCCGUUGCACUUUAACUUACAUGAAUGGAGCAUUUUUCAUCGCUGUAAAUUUCUUGUUAAGCGUGGUUGGAAGUGUCGGGAACAUUCUGGUAUGCCUAACUGUCCUGCUUACACCAAACUUGCGAGUUGUGUCAAGUUUCUGCAUUGUAAAUUUAGCUCAAGCCGAUCUGAUGGUAACCAUGGUAGCUCAGCCAUUAGCUAUUUCGAUAUUCGUUGGUAAACUUGACGGAACAUGUUACGUGAGAGCUGAAUACGCUGCUCGCUUUAUUGGAAACUUGUCAUGCGCAGUUUCUGUUUUGACUUUGGCCACAAUGAGUUUCGAGCGAUGUUUCGUAAUUCUCAAACCCAUGAAAUAUAAAGCCACAAUCACUCCAAGAUUUCUGAAGUCCAUUUUGGGUUUUAAUUGGUUAUUGGCCUGGAUCGUUCCUUUCUUAGACGCAUUUGUCGAGGAUAAACUUGUGUACAUAUAUUUCAUUCUUAUUGGCAUGACUGUCUUGUAUUCAGUUGUAAUUGUGUGUUACUCAGUAAUCUUUAUAACUGUUCGAAAACGAAACGUCCUGAGGCAAAGAGAGCUUCAAGACCACCAAGCCGCAAGCGGCGGAGAAAAAGAUAAAAAACUGGCAAUAACUAUUGCACUUGUCAUAGGUUUCUUCACAAUAUGCUGGGCAUCUUUUGGUUUUCACGUCGCGACUAACCCCCAAAAAAACUAUGGUGUAAGUUACAUAGCAACUGUUACGGCUAGUUUUGCAAACUCCGCCAUAAAUCCUAUCAUAUACUUUUACCGAAACAGAGGAUACCGCGAUGCUUUGAGAAAAAUUCUCUGUACGCGUUGUCGCAGAAACGUUGUCACACCGUUAGCGCCGCUGCAAAAUAUAUCUGGCAAUUCAACUCCCGCAAAUAUGAAAAGAGUAGUCCUCAGUGAAGUAAUAUGUAACAGGUGCAUUUGA